AUGAAACAUAAGCGGGAUUUAAAGCUACUACUUCAUCCAUACUUUAUCGUGAAUAUGCUACUUAGCGCUCUUUUUUUUAUAUCAAAAACUGUCCCAUUAUUUUGUACAUGGAUGUAUGAUGAUUGUUACAUCAAUCUCCAAGAAUAUGAAAUGUUGAUAUUUUUAGGAAGCUUCGUCGCAUUGCGCAAUAAGCGUCAAUUCUCUAUUCCCGAUUAUCUUGCUCAUUUCUACAUGUUUGCUAAAAUCGUUAGUCUACUUAUGUUCUGGAAACAGAAUGUUGUAUAUGCCAUAUUAUAUGGUGUUUUAUGGUUAGUGCAAGCAUGUUUUUUACAACAACCUGUUUAUAAUGGGCCCGAUAAAGUUUUAUACUUGCGAGAUACUACCUUUGAACAAGAAGUUAUUCGUGGUAACCCUAAGGUAACAUGGCUCGUUGCUUUUUAUACUGUGUGGUCACCUGCGUGUACUAAACUACAACCUAUUUUUGCAGAACUGUCAGAAGAAUUUGGAACAGAUCUUAUGAAGUUUGGCAAAAUCGAUGUAAUACGAUAUCCAGAUGUCGGCGUCAAACACAGCAUUGAUACAUCCUCCUGGUCUAAACAGCUUCCUACUCUGAUUUUAUUUCGUCAAGGUCAUGAACUGACACGCAGACCAGCUAUAAUCAAUACACCUAAGAAAACAGUACAGAAAUUCACAUUCACUUGGGAUAAUAUGAUCAAUGCUUUUUCAUUAAAUGAAAUAUACACUAACCAGAAACAAACUUCUGGCGCUGCAAAUCAGUGUGGUUUAGCUGGUUCAACAGAUAAAGAUAAGAAAAACCUGUGA